AUGUCAAGUUUCAACAGCUCGAGUAUUGAAUUGAAAACCAGUCUCCAAGUUGAGCGACGCGACCGACCUCAAAUCCAAUCCUCAAGACUUUCGAUUUGGGUGUUGAUGCAGACUCAAUCGUUGUCGCUCUAUUUCCUUCUUAUCAGUAUAUUAUUGCUAUGUCCUCAUGGAGCCAGUGCUUCCUUCCGCGGUGACAGGAUCAUCGCCCAGAGAGCGCCUCUCAAUGCCGCAAUAUACUUGUCAGAUACAGAUAUCAAUUCCAGGCCAAGUUCGUCCAUGAACGCACCGAAUUCCGGCUCAAGCUCCUCCACGAACGUGCCAUAUUCUAGUCCAAGUUCCUCGACGGCGACGAGCGCACCGAAUUCCAAUCCAAUUUCCUCCACGAACUCAUUGAGUUCUAGUCCUUCGACUUCAUCAGGAUCGAAUUCCAGUCCAAGUACCUCCACGAACGCACCGAAUUUCAGUCCAAGUUCCUUCGCGACCGCACCGAAUUCUAGUCCAAACACACCGAGUUCUGCUCCAAGUUCAUACAUGAACGGCCCGAUUUCAGCUAAUCCAAAUUCAUACGUGAACGGCCCGAAUACCAAUCCCACUUCAAGCGGUGACUCGGGGCCACAGUGUGGUUUUCACCAGAGCAUGUACCAGAACACCACUGAUGGCGCCGCGCCGGCGAGCACGACUAGCACCGACCAUGGAAUCAAGGUUCCGGACUGUUACCAAGCUCUAGGGCAUCUCUUGCACGAAAGAAAUGGCGCGUCGAUGUUCCGAAUGAAUGGCACCACCAAAAGAAAAUCAUGUGGAACCUGUCGAUUGCUAAUUGAAGGGAACUACACCAAGGAACUCCUCGUCCCCCUCGGCACGGUCAUGUUCGGAACUAACAAGCAAAGAUCGGGUGGUCUAAACGGUCUGUUUAUCUCGUGUCACAAGAGGGGGGGCCAAGUAACCUUACAAGCCGGAGGAAAGUUAAAAACUCCCAUCCGAAUUGAUGUUUCCAAGGCAUCGACCAACCGCAAUUGUUCCCAAAUCGCAUCUUAGGGUAAUGCCGAUUACUCUGAUAAACAGGAUCAUAAUUCACAACAAACGCAGCAUGGGAUAUCGCGGAAAAUUAAAAUUAUUUUAUAGCCAUGUGAUCCGAUCAAUUGUCAAACCAUUCAAG